AUGUAUGAUGUUUCUCCUCCCAUAAACUUCUCGGGAAUUCAAAUUUCGAUCAUCCGCUUAAGAACACACCGUUUAUGGGAAAACGGGCUUAACUUGAGCUCUUUUCGAAUCCCCCCAAGAACUCUGCCUCGUCCCUUCACGAAUAGAGUUGACAUUUUGUAUCAAAAUCUUGGCAAUUGGUCAACAUUCUAUUACAAUGUCCCGGACCACACGUUUGUCACAUCCGUAGUGGGAUUUUCAGCCUAUGAUUCGAACGCGACUCCAUUCAGAAACGGACUAAUCGAGCUUAAUUUAAGAGGGGACGACCCAAUUACCGUCAGUUUUCAAAAUCUUUCGCUCGGUUGGAAUGCGGACAUGAGGUGCGUCCGGUUUAGCACUAACGGGACAGUCGAAUUUACCAAUUUGACCCUGCUGGGCACUUGUGUAGCUAGGGGGCAGGGGCAUUUUUCAGUUGUUGUGCCAAGAAAGGGAGGGGAGCAUAAAAAGGUGUUUAGGUGGUGGAUUUUGGGUUUUGUUGGAGGUUUUGUGGGUUUGGGUUUGGUUGUUUGGGGUGGGUUUUUUGUGGGCAAGGUGUGUCAAUGGAAAAAAGUGAGUAAAAUGGAGAGGGAAUCUGAAAAGAGUGAGAGUUUGGAGGCAUUGUGGAUUAGAAAUAGCAAAAUGCCUCUGGCCUCUGCUAUUAGAACACAACCAUCGCUUGAGAGUAAUUGUAAUUGUGUUCCAUAA